UACUUGAAAUUACUGCAUCAACAAAGCAACUUCCUUGUAAAUAUUCUGCUAAAAAAAUUCCUUUAUUAAUUAAUUGUGAUUUAUGUAAUACUUUUUUAAAAAAUCAAUAUGAAGCAGAAGUUUUAAUUUAUAAGCAUAGAUAUCAUAUAAUAUAUUAUAAUGCUAUGGAAGAAAGAU